AUGCAGUCGGGUGCGGAAGCUAGCCAAACACAGAUGCUAGUCAAUUUGUUAAAUGCAAAUAGGCUUACAUCAAGUUCGCAGAAGAUGCAAAACCCCAAGGAUGGUGGCUAUAUCACCUCUUGCCGUUUCUGUGGAGAUUGGUUGUGUUUGGCUGAAGACGUGGAUGUUCCCGUGUUGGGGUUGCCCUCCUGUAAAGCUCUCAAUGUAGUUAAAUUAGUUGACUCAUUGCAAACUCCAACAGUGAAAAGUGAAAUAGUUCCUCAUCAAGAAGUGUCGGUUUCUCCUUUACUGGCCAAAUAUGAAUCGGUAUUCAAAGGGAUCGGCAGACUUCUAAUGGAGCAUCGCAUUAAACUUCAACAGUCAGCAGUUCCUGUGGUGCGCCUAGCUCGCAGGAUUCCGUUCAAGCUUAGUGAUCCAGUCUUAGAGAAGUUGAGUGAAAUGGAACAAUUUUGCUUAAUUGUGAAAGUCAGCGACCCGACUGAUUGGGUAAGUCCUAUGGUAGUGGCACGGAAGUCUAACGGUGACAUCAGAAUCUGUUUGGAUCCAGCGGAUCUAAAUGGAGCAAUCAAGCGGCAACAUUAUCAAGUCCCAUCGACCCAGAAAAUCGUUUCCUGA